AUCAGAGAAGACGUAAUAGACUGCCACAUCACCCAUCUUUUCUUUGCAGACAUAAACUUGCACAAACUUUUCCCAUUGCAUUUUAGCACCAAAAUGUCUUCCUGGUUAAGCAGUAAUCUGACAGGCAGUUUAUCUAGUAUUUCUAAUUUAACUGGACAGAUUUCGUCAUUUACCCGCGAAAUCUUGACGGAGGGAGCAGAAGAAGUAUCUGGUAAGAUUUAUCAUUAACCUUCCCUGUAGUUAGGUUUACUGUGUUUUAUUUUUGAUUACAGAGCUUGUUUGGUACUGUUGUGUUUAGCAAAUGAACCUGAAAUUCAUCAAAGCAAGAAAUCUGAUGAUAUUCCCGUGCAAAUUAAAUAAUACAAGCUGAAGAUAAAAUUAUUGUCAUUGUAAAUACAUUACUAUUGUCCUUCGUAGAUUUUAGUUACAUAGCAGGGAAACAGCUGAUUGCUCACUCUCAUAUAGGUUAAGAUUAAUAACAGCUGUAAGCUUUUUGUGUGUUUUUCUAUACAGACCCCUCAGCAGAACUUCAAGUUGCACAAGCCCGGAUUAAAGAACUUGAAGCACAUCUAUUAACACAAAAGGCUGAGGUAAUACUUGAACCCAAGGGGUGUCACCCAAGUGCUUAAAGAGAGUAUUUGUUCCUUUCAAUAAAGGCUGCUACUUUUCUUCAUGUGCCAUGGCCAGUGUAAAUUAAUGAUUCCUUGUGCAUAUUUUUGUCAAAAUUUUGUGCUGCAUGAUCACAUAGCGAGGCAGAAACACGAGUUAACUCUAUUUCUAUAUAUCUGUUGGUGUCUGCAAUGACAUUAUCAACCGACAAACUUGGUCUGUUGUUUUUGUGGCCUUUGUGAUAAUCAAGAAUGCUUUUGGUGAUCAAUUUCCACGACAGAAGUUAUUUGCAGAGAAAAUUGACACAUUAAACCAUCUUUGAAGUAGGAGCAAUAAUCAAGAUUAAAGAACCUGGGUGAUUUCAGAAAAUAUCCAUACCAUACCAUGGACGGCCUCCACAUUUUAACUCCCCCCUGCUUUUGUACUUUCCAAAAAGCAUUCUUCUCCCAUGUCCUCAGAUAAUCGUUACCCCCUUCUCCUGUUCAGAUUUUCCGCCUUUUUGUCAAACCCUUUGGAAUUACCAGCAGUUUUUUGUAAAUAAGGCUUCUACAAUUUGGCUUAUUUUGCACCAAAUUAUUUCUAAAGACUAUUUUUGUUCAGUAUGGCUGAUUACAGAGGGAGAUUACAUGUAUGUCUCCAGAAAUUCUGGUAAGAAUGAAAAUGAAGUCGUUAAUGCUGUUCAACAGAUGAAACCUACUACUUUAACUUUAAAUUGCCCCAAACUGUUACAGAACAUUGAGAUAGGAAUGUCUUGUGUAAAAUGUGUUUUCACUCUGAAGAUAUUGCGUUGAGUGUAUUUUCAUUUCUACCAUCUUGAAUUUGAGUCUUAAGGGUCAGCAGUCACUCCCAAUCCUACGAGAGCUUCAAAAACGGCAUCCUCAGUCAAAAGGCCAUGUUCGCUCUGAAUGGAGAUUUUUAAUGGAGCUUGACGUACAACGCAUGUUUUUUGCUUUGCAAUACACAUUUAAGAAUAAAACAGGACAAUAUAAAAAGAAAAAGAAGGCGAAGAAAAUAAAGAAAGUGGUAGGGUCUUUAUGGCAGGAUUGUGGUAUCACCCAUCCAGUGCCUAAACUUAUCUAACACGGCAUAGCUUGAGUGGGGCUAUUAAAACUGGGUUUUAUGAGACACAUACAUUGUCCAUGUAUUUCUAAUUUAAUUUACUGACGUUAUUUCCAGAGUUGAAGGUACAUCGCUGUACAUGUACAUGUACUGCUCUAUGCUCAAGGAAGGUGUUGAGAACCUGGAAGUUGUAGUGACCAGAUUUAUUUUCACUUUCUUUUAGGUGGUCAAAAUUAUAUUACACUGUGUUUCAUUAUUAUAAGUGUCACUAGCUGUACUAUAAACAGGGUUCGUACAGGUCAUGGAAGACCUGGAAAGUCAUAGAAUUUAAGCAUAGUAUUUCCCAGGCCUAGAAAAUCAUGGAAUUUAAUAAUUAAAUUCCAUGUUGGCCCUGGAAAGUCAUGGAAAAUUGAAGUUUUGUUUGAUAGAUAAGUAAAGCAGAUGACGAGGCAAGGACAUUGUAGGAUAAAGGGAGGUAAUCAGCCAGCACAAACGGCUCACAUUUUAGGGACACCAACGUUUGUGUCUGUUGAACUGUUCAAGGUCCAAAAAUACCUUACAACAUGGAAAGUUUUUAAAAUUUUUGUAAGUGAGAGCUAAACCUAAGGUCUUGGAAAACUUAAAAAGCUCAUGGAAUUUGAAGAGCUUAAAAGAGUAUGAACCUUGUAUAAAGAUUUAUUUGUGUAAGUGGCACUCUUACAUCUACAGUGUUCAUACUUGCCAAACUUCAAACUGUGCACUACGCGUAAUAUGACUCUUCCUGUUCUGUAUGAAAGUUACAUAUAUUUAGCAAAAUGUUGACAAAUUGUAGUAUUUGUAAAUUCCUUUUACAUGUGCGAUGUCAACAUUUUCAUUAUGGUACUGGGUCUGGUCAUAUUCAUGUAGGAUGUUAAGAAAACAGUUGCUGUUAACUCAAAGCAGUGGUAUGCCUUUUCCUUUUGGUUCUAAUAAUAAAGCUUGUUCUUAAUUUCUUAGUAUGAAAGAGUGAGGCAAAAUAGUGAGGAGCUCCAUGUGAGACUAGAAGCUUCAGAACUUCAGGUCAAUAAUUUAUCCAAAGAGUACAGGACACAACUCCACAACAAAGAGGUAACCUUUGAAGCCAAGUGUCAUCAUUGGUGCAGCAUGGUACAGCUGCACAUGCCAUAACUAAUAUGAUAUAACUGAGAUAAUAAUAUUUGUUUUUAGUUUGUCGGGUUUACAUUUGUACAUAUUUAUGUAUUACCGGUAUGUAGACAUCAGAGAGUCAAAGUUCAUGUAGAAAAACUUGAUAUCAACCUUCUAUAUGUACUGUGCACAGUAUGUGUCAUUAUUUUCAAAGAAAAAUUGAUUCUAUCAUUGUUAUGAAAUUUAGAAUUGUAACAUAUUAUUUAAAUUGUCACAUAUAUAAGCAGAAGGAAAUGGAACAUUGAAUUAAGUUGGUGAAGACAUGAGAGUCAUGCUGAAAUAUGUCUUUAAAAAGUGGGAUGGUGUGUUUUGAAGUUAUUUCUAGAUUAUGAUCUUUUUUCUCUGAUAUUUAUUUUUUUGUUAUUUGAGUAGCAGGAACUGGUAAAACUGCGGGAGCUCAGCAAAAGUCAAGAGGAACAUGCCCAUAGUUUUGGAAGAAGAGAACGACAUGAUUCUAGUGAAAGUAUUGAAGACUCCUUGGAGGCUAAACGGCUGCGCAGUGAAAUUUCAAAACUUCAAGCUGAAUGUCAGCAUUGGAAAUCCAUAGCACAUGGGGCAGUGAGUAUACUAGUUUGCAGGGCACAUAGCUCAAUAUCAGUGUACGGUCAAACCCUGCUUUAUCGACACCCGCUUACAUGGACAGUUUACCUUGUCCUAGCCUUUACAUUUUCUCUAAAUUCAACCCACUUAAUACCGACACCCAGUUAAUACGAAGACUUUCUGUGGCCCCCUUAGUGUCCCUGUUAAUGGGGUUUGACUGUAGCUUUACACACACUUGAAUCUACACUGACACAUAAUGGGGACUGUCAGGACAGCAUUUAGUGCAGGCUUAUAUGCAGAGGUUGUCAGUGUGUCAUUUGAUCUUUUCACAAAAGAAUAAGAUGUUAAUGUUUUUAGCUACCAAAUAAUGAUUCCUAUUGUCCAGAGCACCUAAUAUUGCAUUUUCUAUAAAGACAUCAUCCUUUGUUAGAGGUUAUUUUAAGUGGAUGUUUUGUGGGGUUUUGAAAGUGAAGUGUUUGUGUUUGUUAUUGUGUGCAGGUGGCCAUUACAUGCUACUACAGCAAAAUUAAUGUACACUCUAUGUUUACAUUGCAUAUCAUUGUGGUGGCCAUUUUGUACUAUAUGUAGUAUCUGCAAGAAAAUGGAAUUUCCGGCAUUUGAGUGGAUACGAAUUAGCUGGAAAUGAAAUAUUUCUGCAGCACGGGAGCGUUGGGGACUGGGGCGGUUUCAGUUGAAGUACAGUAUGGAUAGAAUGGAGUGCUAUAAAAGGGAUGCUUAUCACGUGGGAAAGAGUCCUAGGCCUGCACCCAGGGUUUUCAUUAAGAAUUCUUGUUGUAGGAGAAAGAUGUAACAUUACAGGAGAAUAUUUUGAAAGAGGCUCCAUGUCUGAAUAAAAAAUAGUCAUAAGCUACGGAACAUUAGCCGGAGAAUUCAGUGUAAUAACCGGAGAACUCUCCAAUCUCCAAUGUCUAACGAACACCCUGGACACCUUGUGGAGCCCAAGUUUUUUAUUUAUUUAUUUAUUUAUUAUAUAUUUGGUUUAUUAAGUGACAGGUUGAGUUUCGUGACUAUUUUAGCUUGUUUUCAUUUUUUUUGUUUGUUUUCAAAUAAUUAUUUUGUAUUUAAUGUGCUUUUUGGGAAUACAUGCCCGGUAAAUAUGGGCAGAGACCUUUGAGCUAUGUAGCCUUCGUAGGAUAGGCUUUUUGGAGCAUGAGCCAUGGAUCAUACCCAGAUAUCCUGCCAUGUUUUUUCUCCAUUGGGUUUUUUUCCAGCAGGUUUUUCUGGCCUCUGUUCUGACAGUAUUCUUUGUAAACUGUCGCUCAGCUCUGUUCUAAAUGUAGUUUAUAUACCGCGUGUUUGGUUGUAAUAGAAGUUGUAGCAUAACAUAUCUCUCAGUGCUUGGCUGAAACAACCAAAAUAAACCUAAUAGUUUUUUAUUAGGUUGUACUGUGUAGUGGAGUUGAAAUAGUGCUGUACAUGCACAUCACUUUCUUGUUUUUUUUUUUUUUAACACUAGAAUAAAUUAUUAAUUCUUGUAGGACAAUCAGGAUAAACUGCACAGAGAAACUGACCAGUAUCAGCAUGAAUUGACUGCUUUACAGAGCAGCUACUCGCAAAAGAUCUCAGCUCUUAACAAGAAACAUAAACAGGAAUUGCAGAAAUGGCAGGCUGAGAAAGAGGAAUAUGUUCAGAAAAUUGAAGAGUUAGAGGAACAGCUCCUUAAUCCUCAGCAAAAAGGUACAUUAUCUUUUUAUCUUGUCACGUUCACCUAAAAUUGCCAAUGCAUUUUUUAUUCCACUGUCACAGAAACCUUUUUGAUAUUUGUAAUCUGCAUGGCUGCCAUAAAGUGCUAAAUGUAUGUGAACACAUCGGUCGUAAUAAAAUAAAUAUAGCACCUAUAGUUUUCAGUGCUAAGCAGUUGUACAUAUGUACUUGAGACAAACAAAAUUAAAUAAAUAAUCAGUCUAUUGUGUGUGGCACAAAAUUUUUGCUUUUUUGCAAUUUUUCCAGUGAUCUGCCAAAAUAAGUUCCCACAAAGAAAAAUUACCACAAACAUUUUCCCACAAUAAUUUACUCCGGAGUAAAUAUCCUCUGACUUAAAUUCGCUAACCAAAAAUACAGAAAUCGUGUCUGUUCAAUUACAACCUGUCUCUUUCGUUCAGAAACAAAGAGGUAUACAAGGAAACAAAUACUGAUUUUACAUAGGGUAUACAUACUGUAGUAUUGUUUGAAAAUAUCUAUCAAUGCUGGAUACUGAGUACUGGGUACUUUCUCAAAAUCACAAAAAUUAAUUCCCAGCAGGAAAAAGUCAAUCUGUCCUAAUCGCAAAAAUUAGUUUUUGCAGUUGUGAAAAGAAAAGCCUGAAAAAGCCUGAAUUUUUUCAGGCUUUUUUUUUCGCAACAGUAAAUGUUGUGUCUAUAACUGGGAUGAUCUUCUUUUAUAUAAUUCUUCACCCCGCAGUUCUCAUAUAUAAUUUUCAUAUAUUCAAAACUUCAUAAAUACAUCUUUCAACAAGUCAUUGUGAAAUGAAAUGAUUUUUGUCUUCUCUACCUCUUCCUAAAUGUUAUGAUCCAAUCUGAUUUUAAAAGGAUUUGUAUGGAGUCAUAUGAGAAUAACAGUGCUUAUAUCUCCCACCAAUUAUCCAUAACAGGCUGGUUUUUGGCAAGGGGUCUUUUUUCAUCUAGUUCUUUCUGAAUACGCCAACCAAUCCCAUGAUUUCCCAAAUUUGAAUGUUUGUGAUGUCACACUUGUCCUCUCCAUUAAGGAGGGGGAUUGACUGGAAGUGAACUGGCAAUUAUUGUGGACAAAUUAAAUAUUUUCCUUGAGCUCUGUAAUCAUGUCCAUGUGUACUACAUUUUGGCCCAACAAUGAAAUGUUCCAUUAUUCACCUGUGACCCAUGAGUGACCAACAGAAAUUAGUUCAGUGCAGUACUUGCAACUCGAAUCUUAAAUCUUGGUGCUGGGCAACCUUGACUCUGUGAUUAUGGUUUGUUGACAUAAGUUUGCCUUUAGAUGACAUGAUCAAAGGCUUGAAGAAUGGGCUUGUAAUUUUUUUUCCCUACCUAUAGAUGAAGAUGUUGUAAACCAUGUUGAGAUGAAUGCUGGCCAAACUCAUGAGUCCACUGCUGUUACAACAUCUUUGAAGAACCAGUUAGCAGCUGCAGAGAAAUCCAUGGCACAGCUGAAGAAACAGGCAGAUAUUCAGGAGGACAAAAUAAAUGCAUUGAAUGCUGAGCUUCAAGAAAAGAAUGCAGUUAUCACUGCAAUGCAAAAGGAUUUAGAGAAUGCCCAAGCAAAUCUUGAGGAAUCAACCAAAACACAUAAACAAGUUGUGUCUGCUUCUGAAAGUAAGUUGAAUGAAAGCACAAGACAGCUGGAAAUACUUCAAAGUCAGCUAGAGGAUCAAAACAAAGAACUGAGUGUGCUGAAGACUGACUAUGAGUGCUUAAGCACUUUAGAGGAACAGUUUCACAUAGUAGCUACAGAAAAUGCUGAGUUAAAGGAACAUCUAAGUUGUGCCCAAUCAGAGGAAAGAAGGUUGCAUCGCUGUGUUGAGGAAGUAAAGUCUGAACUUGAACAGUUGAGCUGUUCAACCAUGGAUUUAAUGGAAGAGUUACAAAUAUCACAGGGUCUCCAAAAAGAGCAGAAAAUUGAAAUGGAGAGUUUAAAGAAGGUGAAAUACAUCAAAGGAGAAGCAAAGGAGGAGAUGAGCAAGCUUAGGGGUGCUUUGGCAGGUUGGUGAAUGAUCAAAUGAUCACCUCUUAUUUACUGCUAUCCUUAGAUUAAUAAUUAUUAUCAAAGUAGUUGUUAUCUUAUGUUAAUUUCUCAUGAACACUGGCAGAGAUCCAUAUUCGCAGUCAUCCCAGAUGACUACAACCCCACUCGGACGAUUAAGAUAACUCCGUAAGUCGUCCUUUGGACGUGUGAGGUUUGGCUCAACCACAAAAUCUUUCAAAAAAUUAAUUCUUAUAUGAUUUUAUCAUGUACAUUUUACCUACGUUCUGAUUACUUCUCAUCCACUUAAGACUUUUAAAAUAAUGGGCCAUGUGCAGAAAACAUGACAGUACUCAUCAAGGUGUGGUGUUUUUUAAAAGGUGUUUCACUGCCUCCAGCAAAAAAACAAACAAUCAGACAAAACAAACAAAAAAGUGAAGCAGGUGCCUCUGCCUUUUACGAGGAAAAACGCAAGACCUAGCUCCUUCUUGCCUUCAUAGCAAACUAACAGACAGUGGCUUGUCUUGGUGCCCAAACAGAAUGCAUCCUAGUCAUCAACUGACAUCACUGGGAGUCUCAGUCUACAUCCUUAACAGCUAUAUCAGCUGGCAAAAUGCUUAGCGAGUUCAGUCAAAAAGCUUCCAGAACAAUGUUUGCAACGUUUGCAGAGGGCUGCAUUCUUUUUAUAAUCCUGCACUUUUCUGGGCAAACCAAAUUGUAACCAGGCAAGUAUGCCAUUAUGCUUACUUGUCUGGCUGACAACGCUGAUAAAAAAUGAAUAUGGAUCCUUGACAUUGGGGACUUUUAAAAAAGUUUAUGACAAAUGCAUUAAAAACUCACAUUGAAAUACUUUUGCUUUUCAGCUUUGUGGGAACGUCAUUUAUGCCUGGUUCAGCUAUACCAGCAGGUCAGACAAGAGUUGCACAACAGUAACGCCAGGCUUGUAGCCAUGUUCCAGUCUCGACAUGUAAUGCAUUUCGUGACAGGUUGCUGUGCAGGGUGACAUGGCAAAGGAAGCUUAGCUGCUGCCAUGCUCAUCUGUUGUGGGAAUUGUGUAAUAAUAACAUUUUUAAUAGCUAAUGGAUAAGUGCAGUCAUAAUCUCAAAGAUUGCUAUUUCUGCCUUUUAUACAUACAAACAGUGUUAUAAGUGUCCUGUCACAAAAUAAAUAGCACCAUAUUGUAUGGUUCUUCAGAUCUUAUGAAAACUUUAUCAAAUGGAAAUUUAAUUAUUCAUUUGAAGCAAUUCAUACUUCAAAAUGUCCUUAGCUCAACCAAUGUUAAUUUCCUUUUUCUUCAUUUAUCUUUUCCUUAGCAAAUUCAGGGUAUAAAGGGAUGUUUCGUCUAGCAAAUAGCACUUGUCCUCUGUCGAGUUGUAUUUUGCUAUUCUUGCUAUGUUUUUAGGCAGACGUUUGGCAAUUUUUUUCUUUGCAAAACGUGAAAUUUUCUACAAUUUUCCCCAGCUCUACAAAAUACAGCCUCGUCCCCAGAGCUUCUUGGUUGCUAUUACUUUUUCUGGCAAUAGCCUGUACUAAUUGAUGUCAUCUUAUCAGAUAUUGAAAUGACUGCUAAAUUUGGCAAACACUAGCUAGUUAUCAAGAAUUAGCUGGGGGAUUUGAGCCAAUCAGAAAUGGAGAAAUAUGUUAAGUGAAUUAUACUCAUCUUUAUUUUUUUGAAUGGUUAAGUUUUAUAAUACGGAACCCAUCAAAGAUGUUGAAAAAAUGUGAAACCUGUCCAAGUCGUAUGACAACAGAAGCAAAAAUUAAUCUUUCCUGUUAUUUUGAUUCAAGCUAGGGAGAUCUGCACAUUUACGGAAGGAAUAAGAUGUAAUCAUAAGCCAUCAAAAGCAGUUUGAAGCCAUUAUACUUAGGCACAGAAUUUAACAAUGUUUUGUCCAAGUUGGCUUUAGCUAACAUGUACAAGUUAGUAAUGCUAGCGGGCUAUUUCACCAGGCUUCCCAUGGCUAAUGUUACCUUGCACAGCUACCUAAACUGGUCAUACGUGUUUUUAAACUUGUUGUGUGUUACAAACUUUAAAUUUGCAAUGUGUACUAGUGUUUUAUGUAUGUAGUCUAAAUAUGCACAUGCCACUUGCAUUUAGUAAAGUUAAGUUAAAGUUAAAAACCCACUCAAAAACUCAUGCUUUAGUCGGGACACCUUUGGGAGUCUCAAAAUUUGACUUUUCCGGCAAUUUUGUGUCCAGGAAUUCAGCACAGAUACAAAACUUCACGAGGUGGCACUGCAGAGGGGUAAACUUGGUAGACUGUAGUGUGUUAUGUAUUGAGCGGAAUUCUAAAAGAGCGCUUUUGUGAAAAGAUAUGAGGUUAUUUCAGGGAUGGCAGAUUUUGCUCAUUUAAACGAUUAUAUCUUGCUGGCACUCCUUAAAUUGCAAAAUCUGCUCAAUACAUAACAAACUAGAGUUUUUGACCGAUCAUUUAUUAGUAAAAUCACAGAGUGCUGUCUUCCAUUAUUUCCGCAAACUUGGACACAAAAUCACGAUUUCCCCUUUUUGGUACAACUGUGGCUUAAAGCAUCGCUGUAAAGCACAGUCUACCAAAUAAUAACCAACGCUCCUAAACUUCUAUCAUUUCACAGUGUCUCUGUAAAAUUUUAUCUAAAUCGCCUCUAAAACAGCCGAGAUAUAAGCGUUUUUUAAAAGAUGUAACCCAAGCAAAAUUUUGCCUUAUAAAUUUAUUCAUAGAUGGGUGUUCCCCGCGGCCUUAAAAUCCCGGUUUUAAGCUUCCCUCCUUAGUUAUAGGCUCAUCUGUAUAAAUCUAUCUACAUGUUCCGGUUACAGUUAAGUUAGUUUUUAAACUGUUUCCUUAUCAGCUUGUGUAUUCCGUUUAUAAGCCGUCCCCCUGAUAUAAUCCCCACCCCCGCCCCCCUCGAUGUAAGCCCAUCAAUCCCCUUGUUAUGCAAGCCCAGGGCUUAUGACCAGAAAUUUGUGUCGAAUUCUGGUAGAUAUGUUGGAGCACUGUAAACUUACGUCUUUCGUCACAGCCCAUUUGUCUUUUGUGUCUCAGAUAAUUUCAAUGGUUUCCUUUGAUUUUCACAGCUUAGUACCAGUGCGGCACGUGAAGACUUACAAGAACUUCAGCAACGACUGAGUAAACGAAGUCAGGCGAAAUUAGAUCAUGUGAUGGAAGAAAAAGAUGCCUUGAUUGGAAGAUCUGCAGAGCUACGGGUGACUGUAGAGGACUUAGAGGGUGCUGUGAUGGACUUACAAUCAGACAAUGAACAAGUGGGACAAGAAACAAAGUAUUGUGUGACAGAGAUUGGAAGACAGCAAGGUAUUGAUGAGGAGGAAGGUAGUGAUAUUGUUGGUGCGCUGCAUGCAGAAAAAGCCGUCCUAGAAAGUACUAUUGUUGGGCUGGAACAUAAGGUGCAGGAUCUACAGGAGCUCGUCAAUACACUACAGAGUCAGAGAGAAUGGGGCGAGAAUAUGGAGUCUACUGAGGAACAACCCAGUCCAUCAGAAUCAGCAGAGAGCUUAACAGAGAGCGCAGUUCACGAAGCUGAACCUGAAAUAACACCGGAUACUGAAGUGUCGUUAGAAGGAGCAACAAACACGAUUAGUCAAGAACUUCUUCAGCAGCACCUACAAGAUUACCAGCAACAGGUCGAGGAGCUGGAAUUAGCGCAAAGAGACUGGGAAGGAGAAAAAGAAGCUCUUGAAGGCGUGGUGCUGAGUCUUAGGCGGCAAGUAAAAGAAAUGCAAAGCCUGCUGGGAAAUACCUCUUCUGAACAGCAAGAAGAGAUAACAAGAAUACAAAAAGAAAAUUCUCAGAUUAUGUCGGAGAAAGAGCGUAUUCUUGAAGCAUGGAAAUCUAUAGAGGAAGAUUUAGUUUCUUUUGAAAUAAGUAGUCCCCGCCUAGAAAAUGAUACCAAGAUCAAUGAAGAACGAAUGGAUGAACUGCGGUCUGAUCUUUGUAAAUGGGCAGUUAGCAAAACAAGAGUAAACUCGCUUAACAGGAACGAUAUGGAGCAAGUCAGCACCGAAGACAGUAUGAACCAAGGCUCCCAGACCGAUGAAGGCUUUCAACUCUAUUUAAAUAAGCUUCAAGAACUAGAGAAAGAUAAUUCUCUGUUACGAGAGGAAACCGAACGACUUAUUCAAGAAAUUGAGGCGAAAACUUCAACCGUCUCUGACGUCCAAAAUGAACUGCAAAUAAAAAGUGUGGAAAUUGAAAGCAUCUUGAAUGAAAAACAUGACUUAGUGGUAAUGAUUAACGAACGAGAUGAAAGAAUAUGUGAAUUGGAAGAGAGUUUUAAUGCUCAUCUACUGGAGUUAACCACUUCUAAGGAUAAUGAGAUAAGUUUGCUUCAAAGCGGCCAAGAAGAUGUGGUCAAACUUCUGGAGGAAAACAGACAGGAGUGUAGUUUGUUGAAAACAAAAAACAAUGAGUUGCUGGAUGUGAUGGGAAAGAAUCAACGAACCUGUGACGAACUUGACGAAAAGAACCAGAAUUUGGUAACCCAGUUAUCUGAAAUUGAAAAACAUCUUGAAAGGUUGAAGGGAGAAAAGGUCAAAUUGGAAACAACGAUUCAAGAUAAGGAACAAGCGAACGCAAGACUUACCGCUGAAAACAACAGUUUGUUGAUGGAAAAAGAAGUGCUGCAAAGUUUGGUUGAAGAGUACGAAAACAAAGUGAAAGUCUUGCGUAACCAAACCACUGAAAUGUCCAGGCUGGAAGGACAAAUUGAGCUACUGAACCAACAAGUUCAAAUUAACGAGAAACGAUGCAAGGAUCUAGAGACACAGAACCUAACCCUGUCACAAGAAAAGACCAAUCUUGAGCUCGAGCUGCAACAGAGAAGUUCUGAGUUGGAUAAUUCUGUUUUUGAACUCAAAGAAAAGUUUUCUGAGAUUGAAAUACUAAAGGUGGAAAAGACCAAGCUUAGCGAUACUGUUCAGAAUCAUUUAUCGGUAUGUAAUGACUUGGAACAAAAACUCACCGAAAGCGGGAGGGAAAAAGAAGAGGUGAGCAACUUAUUAGGUAUGAAGGACUUGCAGGUUGAUAAACUAGAGCUUGACCUGAGAGAGAAAGGAGCUGAGAUAGAUCUGCUAAGGCUGGAAAUGGCAAAAGUGACAAAAGCAUUGAAGGAGAAGGAACAAUUGAUUCACGCUCAAGUUGUGAAUGCUUCUAGUUCGGAUGAUGUUCAGUAUCAUCAAGCACAAUUAUUGAGAUUGUUAGACGAAAAGGAUCAAGAAAUAGCAGCUCUUAAACAGAAAGAUGCUUCAUUGGUAGAGCUUGUGAGUAGGACUGACCAGUCUACACAUAGAGCGCAGGAAGCUUAUGAAGGCAAAUUACAACAACUGAGGGAGGAGAGGGAUAGGCUGUUAGCGGAUUUGAGCCUGCGGGAUGAGGAGUUAUUGAAUGCAGAGGACAGAUUAGAGGCCAUGAGAGAGAAGGUGCAAGGGAAGGACCAAGCCUCUCAUUUACUUCAUACUGAGCAUGCGCGACUGCUUGCUUUGAACGAGUCUCAAGCUAAUGAGAUGGGAAAACUGAGAGAAAAACACUCUUCAUUACAGAAACUACUUGAGGAACGCAACAAGAGCAAAAGUGCCGAAGAACAAAAAUUACAGCAAGAAAAUUCCCAGUUGAGACGACAAAUAAAUUCUCUUCAAGUUGAGCACGAAACUUUAACUACGCUUAUACACGAGAAGGACAAACAAAUUGCUACCCUUGCUCAGCUGGGAAGUUAUAGCACUCCCGACCCCUCCCUGCAUGAGGUAGAUGUGCAGGUUAAAAUACUUAGAGAGGAAAGAGAUGUGUUACUGAAGGAAAGAAACUCAGUCAUGAGAGACAAGGAGAUGAAAGAUAAAGAAAUUUACCAAUUGCAGGAGGAAAUCGGGUCUCUUAGACAAAUGAUUCAAGAGAAAAGUGAUUUAACUGCCAAAUUAUCGGCUGAAAAUGAAGAGCUCUGUAAACAGCUCGGCAGUCUUAAGUCACAAGUGAACACAUUGUCUUCGGACAAAGCUAAUAUAGUUAGAAAUGACAACAGAAUCAAAGAGUUAGAAGAUGAAAUCACUUCUUUCAAGCGCACUAUAGAGAGCAAGGACAAUGAACUGAAGCAGCUUUUAGAAAAUAGUCGAAAUGAAAAAAGUAUAAUAUUGGUAGAACUUGACAAUAUCAAAACUGAAAGAGACGAUAUUUUAGAAGAAAAAGAUAUCGAAAAUAGAGAGCUAAAGAAGAAAAUUUCACAGCUGGUGAAUUUAAUGACGGACUCAGAGUCCGGGGAAAGUGAAAAUGUCGAUGAUAUUGACAGGAACUUUCAAAAAUUGUUUCAGUCAGUUAAAAACCGGAGAAAUAAUGUUCUUCGACAGCGAGACAACGAAAUUCAGACUUUACGUGAACAGCUGUCAAAUGUAACGCUACUAAAUAAAGCUGUUGAAGAUCGAGACUCCGGUUUAGAAGAAGUGCUCCGUGAAAAAGAAGAGCUAAAUCGCUUGUUAUUUCAAGCACGCCAUGAAAAGGAAGACGUCUUACUCGAGAAGGAGUCCAUAGUCGCAGAUUUGCAAGAUCAGAUUGUUAGCCUCAGUAAGGCAGUCAGUGAAAAAGAGCGCUCCUCGUAUCAGGAUUUGCAGCGUGUUAUCCAGGAAAAGGAGCGAAUUGUAAAGGAACUUGAUCAAGCACAGCUACGCACAGAGGAAAUAAACAUUGCCAGCUCUCAAUGGCAGGCUGAGGUAAGCAGGCUACAAGCGGAGCUACAGGAGAUGACAGGAACUGUGUCCCAGCAACGUGAAAGCAUCAGCAGUCUAUACAACGAUGUUGAACAGCACAAGUUGGCAAUACAGGAAAAAGAAAGGAUUGUUAAGGAGCUAGUGAUGGAAAGAGAACAGCUGGUCAGAACAUCAGAGCAGCUUCGUAGCCGGGUACAGCAGCUGCAGGAGGAACUGUCUGCUGCAAACAGUGGGCAGAAAGUGGCGGAGACUAAGAUGGAACAGGAAUUAGAGAGGCUUAGGAAUCACCUUGUACAGGUAUCAAAUCUGAAAUCAAUUUACGGUUGCCAAAUUACUGAAUUAGAUAACAUCGAAUUGUUUGUUUAAGAGUUCUGUAUGCCUCCCGUCGAAAAACUCCUUUUUAUGAAAACAACUUCUACUAGUGAUCAAUAUUACUGUUCUGUUCCAUGAGCUUAGGCGUGAAAAUCAUGCGUUUGGAGAGAAUCUAAAACUAGUAACAGCUGAUGCUUUUCAAAUGGAUUAAGUAUAUUGCCAAGCAUGAGGAAAAUUCGGAAUUGCUGAACAUAUUAAUAUGGCGUCUCUAGGUUGAAGAAAGCUACACGCGUGAGGCCCUCGAGGCAGAGGAACGAGAAAAAGAACUAAGGAUGAAACUAGCGCGCGCAGAAGAACAACUGCUGUCCAGUUCCUACUCUAUGCAGGACAGAGAGUAAGUGAUUCUUUGCUUUUUUUUUUUCAAUAAUCAACGACCUAAUUAUAUGGAAGGGCCUUCAAACCCUUGAACUCAAGACAAAUAAAGUACGUAACUAGUGCUUUCAGCUGAAUGCCGUAUCUAUAUGCUAAGAGGUUGUUGUGGUGUCAAUUGUAGUCGUCAAGCCUCAGCGCAGAUUGAAAACCUUCAGGAACAACUCCGGAGCAUCGCAGCUCAACGUGACCGAGCAGUCCUGGAUUUAGCUUCAUCCCAAGAGCAGGCGGACCAGUACCAGACUUCUCUCAACAAUCUGCAGCUUGUUCUCGAGCAGUUUCAGCGAGGUGGGUUUGAUAAAAAACUCUCUUUGCUGACGUUAUUAUGUUUACCAUUGAUCAGUCACAUACUUCGCUGGUGUUGAUCUGGAUGAUGUUAAUUUCAGAGCGUGAAUCACAGCUGAAAGUCGCUCAGGAACAAGCACAGAGAGAAGUAAUCAAGGCCUGGGACCAAGUUAGAGAACUACAACGGAGGGAAAAUCAGCUGAAGGUUAGUGAAGUGAACGCGAUAUAAACAAAGCUUGAAACAUUUACUUAAUAGUUGUACCUUGUGGUUUUACCUUUAGAGCCAACUUGAAAUGGCUGCUCGUGUAACACAAGAGUUAGUGAACAUGCGAGGCCAGCUUCAGGGUAAAGAAGAAGAACUACUUAAACAUAAACAAGAAGGUAGGGCCACUAAUUUAAUUAAUUAUACAUUGUACUCAAGAUCUGUCUUCUCAUUGGCUAAGAGAGUACAGUUAAUUUUGGAAAUCAGUGCAACUUACAGAUUAGUUAGUUAUCUGCCAGCAGAUUACUGACUUAUCUGUAGGUUGCGCGCAAUGCAUGAUUUCCAAGAACAUUGUCAAUCUGUUUUCCGUGCAAACAUACUCAUAAGCAGUCUCCUCUAUUAACUAUUGUGCGAAGGCGUGUUGGUCGUUAUUUUCUAACAAACAAUGUAUAAUAUAACAAUUAUUGCAUUCGGUUUUUGUGAUAUCCGGAGCCAUCAAAGUCUCGGUAAUUGUUACUAGCCACGGCCAUAAAUUUCCGUAAAUCACAAAAACCGAAUCGUUAUUGUUUAUCAUUUUUGAUUGUUCAAGUACAUCAUACCGGUUUUGUUCGUCAGUAGCUUCGUAGUUUUGUUGUCUUUUAGUAACACAAGCCAUUUUCCUCCUCAGGAAAAAUCCUGCAAAGUGUAGAACAGUUAACAGAUAAAGCCCUUUUAGCGGCUCGAAAAUCAUAAGAUUCGGCUGGGGCUGCGAUAUUCUCCUACAACGACGAGUUAAGGAAAGUGUCUCCACUUGAGACUUGUCUGGAAUUAAGAAAACCAUCUUUUGCCCUUUUAUGGAGUUUUGGAGGGAAAUGGCUUCAUUGUUAGAUGUCAUGUCAUCAUUUUUUGUCGCGGCAUCAUUAAAAUGAGUUUUUUAUUUAGAAACAUUUAUGUGACUUAUUUAUCGGAUGUAAGUAUGUGUUGGGAUAAGUAAAAGUAACAUGGUGGUUGCGUUCUUGUUAGUUGCCCGGCUAGACGAAGAGUUACGAAUCAGUCAGGAGCGAAUCAAGAACCUCAACAGCAUAUCAGACAGCAAAGUUGAAAAGUAAGUCCAUCUAAAUGGUUAAUUGAAGUCACUUUGAUGUCCACGAAAGGUUGUCAACUUAAACUUCAUGUUAGGCCAAAAUUUACAAAUAGCUUCUCUUCUAGGAAUAUAUUCCUCGAGCUGAGGAAAUCUUCUAGGCCUUUGCUCAGGGACCCAGUGUUUUGAACCCUAAAAAAGGUCUUAAAGAAAACAUUCUCAAACGUGGGUGAAAAUUCUCAGCCUGGGAUAAGGCGCGCUAACCUGUUUGGUAAGCGGGACCCAGAGCUCCAUGGUUCUAUUUACAAUUUACGUCACGCGUAGGUGUGGUAAUGGACUUAAAUUAUAGGGUCAGAUCGCGGUGUUUUAGUUAAUUACAAUCCUUACACCUCAGACUGAGAAACAAUUCUUAUUGCCAAAAUCAUAGUCCAGAAACAAACGAAAAAGAAAGGAAAAAAAACCAAGUGGUGGGCAAAAGAGAGUAUUGAAUACAGAACUUGGUAAUAAACGGAAGAAUCGGCCGUGACCUGCCAAGAUUGGACACUCCCAAAUUAUACUCAUGCCCAGGGUGAGUUAGUCUGUGGGGACUCUGUUUCAUGAAUGUUGAUAUUGUGUAGCCUCACUCGUUUGGUUUGCUUUUGUUUUAAGAUCUCUUGUGAAAAACAUGUUGAUAACAUAUUUCAAUACAACUGAAAGCAAACGAGCUGAUGUAGUUCGAGUUAUUGGAAGUUUGCUUGGCUUCACCCAUGAAGAACUGGAGAAGGUAUGUCUAUAAACAAAACGAUUUAAGUAGUGAAGUGAGGGCUGGAUAUGUGUCACGUUGGUCCUUGAAUAACCCCUUACGGGUCUUGAACAUUUUAUCGUUUGGAAUUUCCAUGUAUAAAUCCUUCUGUUAGAACUCUGAUGUGUUUCAAGCCGUAAGCUCAGUAGAUUCCCAUUUUUGAGAAGCAAAAUAAUCUGCAGGGUUGAAUGAUUACUUAUAACCUUGCAUUUAGUACCAUUUAAUUGGCUUAUUUGUAAACGCGUUAAGGCGAAUAACUCACGUGAUAAUGUUGCUGUCAGGUGGGUACAGGAUCGUCUGCUCCUAAAGGAUCAUGGAUCUCCAGUUUAAACCCGUUUGGUGCACCCAAGACUCCCACAAGAACUACAGCGGAAAUAGGGAAGGUAAUCUUGACUUAGACAAGGCAGUCUUCAAGACAAUUUUUUUAAUCCCUGAUUGAAAUUCUUGUCUUUUUUAUUUUAGUCGUUUUCAGAGCUGUUUGUAAGUUUCCUUGAGAGCGAAUCGGAAGCGAUGCUGCCCGUGGGUCAAGGAAGCAGACUGAGUAACAUAAACAAUCCUCUUCUGUCAGGCUUGUCACCACAACAAUCUGCUGCUACUCACCAUAGACUACCGUCGGGUCCCACAGGGCAGCCUAUAGCUACUUCAACUCCUGUGGGUACCCCUGCUAGGAGUAACAUGCCUUCCUUGCCUCCGUCUUCUAUUUCACGACCUCUGUCCGGAUCAACGUUAAGUGCAACAGAUGGAUCAACUAGGUACGUUUAACAGACAGUGCCCCAAAACGUCCAAUCUAGUGUACCUCAUUAUUCACCUUCAUGCCUUUUUUGAGUUUACAUCGUUCACACUGCACGACUUGUGUUACAGUGGCAUUGUUUUGCUUAGAACCCACAAUCAACAGUUGUUAGGUCUAUGUAAACGUGGCGGAAAGAGAAAUAAUUGGCAAUGAACCAAUCGUUUAUAUUUACGUUGCAUAUCACGAAGUGUGACAUAGCUUGUAGUUUUUACUUGUAUCUUGAUCGUUUAGUCUUUUUGAGAUCGUCGUAACUUUUUUAUUAUUUUAUCAGUUUAGUGAGUGAAGACCUCUGUAAAAACCAAGUAAUGUGACUGGAGCUUCCUCAGGCUAUAAAGAUUAUCAUUAUUGUAAUACUGAGAUGCAAUCCGCUGCGUUAAGCAAUGCAUGUGCUCUGAGAUUCAUUUAACUGUAGUUUUUUAUAAGCCUGAAAAUCAAAGUUUUGUUUAACUCGCUGAUAAUCGUUUCCCAGCAGAGCCAAUAUUCCCAGCACCAAUGGUAACCCUUUAUUGGUGGGUUCACUCACUCCAGUACAACAACUACCAGCUAUAACCAGCUCCAAUUCAUUACGGACAUUACUUGAAGGACAUACAUGA